UGCGCGAAAAACAUCCGUUUAUCAUAAGAAUACAAUCAGUUUAUGGAAGAAAAUCAAAAUCCUUAAAUCAGUUUGCAAGUUUUUUUAUUGCUCAGUUUGUGAUUUAAUUAAUCAAGUACUAGUAUGCAGGGUUAAAAAGGGUUACCGGAAGUAUUAGAAUCGCUCGUCAAGCAUAUUUUCUUAACCGAGUUUUUUUAGUCAACUGCCCAAAUAUGGCGAUCGAAAAAUGUCAAUCGAAACAGAAACUCAAGUACCCAAGGUCUGUUUUCUUCAUCAUCCUCAACGAGUUCUGUGAGAGGUUUUCCUACUAUGGUAUUCGAACGAUCCUGGUUCUGUACCUACGAAACAAACUUUACUACAGCGAUGACACAUCCACCGUGAUCUACCAUGUCUUCAGUAUGUUGGCAUACUUUUUCCCACUUAUUGGAGCGAUGCUGGCCGAUUCUUUACUCGGCAAAUUUCGCACCAUUUUCUACGUGAGCAUCAUCUAUGCCAUUGGACAAUUGGUACUUACGGCGAGUGCCGCACCUCCGCUGAAUUUACCCGAUCGAACAUUUGCGCUGUUGGGGUUGCUGUUGAUCGCCAUUGGAACAGGAGGAAUCAAGCCAUGCGUUGCAGCCUUUGGUGGUGACCAGUUUUUGUUGCCGCAACAGGAGAAAUAUUUGAUCACCUUUUUCUCCUUGUUCUACUUCUCGAUCAAUACCGGAUCGCUGAUCUCGACUUUCCUCACUCCUAUUCUUCGCGAAGAUGUUUCCUGCUUCGGUGACAAUACCUGCUACUCUCUAGCGUUUUUCGUUCCGGCAGUUCUUAUGAUUUUUUCCAUAGUGAUCUUCCUUCUUGGUAAACCAAUGUACAAGAUCAAAUCCCCACAAGGAAACGUGGUAUUAGAAGUCGGAAAGUGUAUCUGCCAUGGAAUUGGCAAUAAAUGGAGGUCGAAGAAAGGUGAAGAGAAAGAAUACUGGCUGGAUCACGCUGAUGACAAAUACGACCCGAAAUUCAUCUCGGAUAUUAGGUCAGCGCUCCAAGUGAUAAAAAUGUUCCUCCCACUGCCGUUUUUCUGGGCCCUAUUUGAUCAGCAAGGAUCAAGAUGGACGAUCCAAGCGACGCGAAUGGACGGCCAGAUCGGCAGUUUCCUUCUAAAGCCGGACCAGAUGCAAGUGGUCAAUCCACUGCUUAUCAUCAUAUUGAUCCCGAUUUUCGAAACCGCAAUUUAUCCCUGUCUUGAUAAGUUGCGUCUGGUGCGAACCCCUCUGCAGAAGCUUACCACCGGUGGACUCUUGGCUGGGAUUGCAUUCAUAAUUUCUGCCGUCGUGGAGUUACAGCUAGAGUCAACGUAUCCCGUGCUUCCUUCGUCUGGACUGGCGCAAAUCAGAGUUUUCAACACCUUGAAUUGUCCGAUCAUAAUGUCAGUCGAAGAUGAUUCUUUUGUGCUGGAUAACCUGGGCGUUUGGGAAAAUAAGUACGUUGAGGCCAGCGGUAAUGUUAGUCUAGCGUACACUGCCAAUUUCGCUGAAUGUUCGAGUCUCGGCGUGACAGAUACAUUAAACGGAGCCGUGAGUGGAACCAUUUCUGGAACUGAAGCUACUGCCACUUCAUGGGUCGUAACGAAAGAUGGAAUAAGUGAUAGCUACGUGGACAGCGUGUCUAAGACAACGAGUGGAGAUCCGGCUGUCCGAGCUUUGGUUUAUCUCAACGCGUCGCUCGGGGAUAAGGCUAAUCUAAGCUUUAUUGAAAAUUCGAAAACCGCCCUGUCUUUGGAGGUAUCAUCGUCGUUCAACGCGACUGAUCUUACCGAACUUGAUCCUGGUGUCUAUGACAUAUAUUUGAAUGAGACCUUGGUAGAAUCCUCAGUAGUGUUGAAGCUCGGAGGUAUCUACACCGUCACAGCUUACGUGAAUGAUCUCAGUUCCGCUACUGCUAACACCACUACGAUCACCGAACCAAACUCCAUGCACAUGCUCUGGCUUUUGCCACAGUACAUCGUGAUCACUCUCGGAGAAGUUAUGUUCUCUAUCACUGGUCUUGAGUUUGCCUUCACACAAGCGCCGGUCAGCAUGAAAGCUUUGCUUCAGGCUUGCUGGCUUCUUACGGUUGCCUUUGGUAAUCUUAUCGUCGUUAUCGUUGCUGAAAUAGCCUUUUUCGAUAGUCAGGCAUAUGAAUUCUUCCUAUUCGCCGGCCUCAUGUUUGUAGACAUGUUAAUAUUUGGUAUUUUGGCUUGGUUUUACAAGUACGUCGAGAUUCCGGAAGAUGAGAAUGGAGAAUUUCCUAAUGGAGAUAUUGUUCUUAACGAAAAGUCUGGUACAACGAACCCAUCAUUCAAAGGCGAUGACAGCAAGUGAUUUGUUCUGGCCCCAAGCCAGGCUGGUUGUGAGACACUUGAGGAUAUCUUUUAUUUACAAAACGUGUUCUGUAUGAACGAGAGCUGCUGUAUAUUUUCACCCCAUUUUAGACUUAACGUUCUAUAAUUGUAAAUAAAUUUUAUGCCUUUAUACAUAUCCUUAUACACGCGUGAUCAGUUCGUUACAUCGUGUAAAUAAAAUUUAUCUAUUUAACAUUAGGUCAACGAUUAUUUAAUUAUAACAUUUCAGUAAUCGUCAGUAAUUAUACAUGUGGUUUCGUCUGUUAUAUUAUUAGCAUUAAAGAGCCUACAUAUCAAGGCUACUUUUUCAUUUUCUCGAAUGGUAUCCACCAUUUGAAUUUUUUGAAAAGCACGCAUUG